AUGUCAAUUCCUCCUCAUGGGCCAGGAAUGGACAGAUCAAGAGAACUUAAAAGCAGACUAGUUCCAAGACAACAACUAAUAAGUAAACCAGUUACGCUUGGAUCUUGCUUUGGAACGAAUAGACCAAAAACUCGAGCCGCAACUCGACCAGAAAUUCAACAAAAACCAAUACAUUCAUCUCUACAUACACCAAGAACACCAAAAAAGCUUGAACAGUUAGAACCUGAAAUUUCAUUAAUCCCAGAUAAUUUCGAAGAUCCUUUAGAGUUUAUAAAUUACGUCAAGAAAUACAAUAUUACAAACAAUUUCGUCUACUUAUAUCCGUCUAAGCUUAUUGAGGAUGAAAAUCAUCCAACAAGUUUGAAAAUUAUUCCUCCAAGUCAAGUUAAGCGUAGCGAAUUCUGGACUUUAAGUUUGAAAGGAUUGACACAUGUAUGUGGUGAUGAAGUUGAUUUUCAGGAGUUAGAUGAAUGGCUUGAUGCAAAUAAAAAGUUUGCAAAAUUAAUUCAACUUCCUUUCUUUAGAUAUCAACGUCAAUGGCGUCACUUUAGAGCAUGGAAGUCAUUAGUACAAACAUCUAAAGUAAAACACGCAAAUAUGAUGCUAACUCAAAAUUUAUUCUUCACAGACUUGAUUUUACGCGAUGCUUUUCUAAAAGUCCAACGUAAACUUAGCGAUUUACAGAACUUAAAACUGUUUUCACUUAGAUCUACAGGAAAAUACCGAAUGAAAAAUUUCAUUGAAGACAAUCAUGAGCAUUACAAUAAAACUACUCAAAUGUUUUCUGAACUGUACAACUAUAUUUGUCAAACCGUUAAUGAAGCUUGUGAAAAAACCCGCGAAUUACUUCAUUCUCCAGAAAAAUCAGGGAAAACAAAAGGAAGACCUCUCGAACUUUUAAUGGAACACUACAAAAAGACACAUUCUAUCACCAAAGAAAAGGAAAAUGAAAAUAAAAAUUCACUUGAAUAUACAAAUCGCGCAAACUACAGAGCCACAUGCAAUAAAUUAAUUAGAUUCAUACAUUUAAUCGAUUACGUUGUCAUUUCAGCUCUAAGAAACCUUUGUUUCGAUUCAACAAUGACGUAUUUAAGUAUCUUCCAAAUUUUACAUGAAAGAGGCGCAAAAGACUUUGAUUUUGUAGAUCCUGAAUAUCAGAAACCAAUGAAACUCCCAAUUGAUUUCCAAAAAUUUUACGAUUUAGUUAAACAACGAACAAAAGAAUUAUUUGAUACGCCAAUCUUUUGGAUUGAUAUGAGUUUUGAUGAUACAAUCAAGUGGAAUCCAAAUGAAUCAGAAAUCAUUGAGAAAUUGGACAUUAUAAGAAAUGAUUUUAUUGAUUUGUUGUUUAAAGUACCAAGAUUACUCACAAAUCCAUUGUUUGGAAGUAUACUUGGCGAAAUAUAUGGAGAAGAUGCCCUCCAUAUCAUUUCUAUUCCGGAUUUAGGCAGAAUUAUCUUUAAUGAUUCAGUUUUCAAGACAAUUACACAAGAGCAAGUCAAUAUUAUUCAUAGUGAAUUUCACCUUCUCAAUUUUUACAACGAAACUUUUUCAGAACCAUUUUCAAUUUAUAAUAACGAGCAAUCUAUUGAUUUAACCUUCUUAGAUAAUCCUAAUCUAACUGCUAAUAAUGUUGCCGACAAAAUUAAAGGCUUAAGAACAGAAGAAAAGUUUUUGAAAUCAAUUGUUGAAUCUAAAAAUGUCGGAAUCUUCUAUUGUGUUAGUACAGACAUGAAGAAAUCGUUAAUUAUGUCUCCAGGAGUCUGUAUUAGAUCGAUUAAGCUCAGAAUUCCUCAUGUUAUUGAAAGAUAUCUUGAAGAAUUCAAUAGACACAUAAAAGAAGCUCACAGAGAUCUUUCUAUUAUUGUUAAUAACGUGCCUACAUAUGUAGAAUUCAUCGAUGUUUCGAACAAAUAUAAUUCAUUAAUAAAUUCUUUUGUUGAUGAACAGAACAACCUUCAGCAAUUCUUCCAACUUGCUCAGGAUCAGUCAAUUACCGUUAGUGAAGAAGAUAAAGAGUUGUUUAAUGACUUAUCUCCAAUUUUGGAACAAAUUAAAGUUGUUUUGGCCAAUUCUUCCAGCCAAAUCCAGUCGCAAAAGGCAUAUUUCACGGUCCAACUCGAUGAAUAUAUCUCCAAUUUGCAUGAAUCGAUGAAAUCUUACAAAGAACUUGAAACUAAUCCGAAGCUUGAAGACCAAACAACAACCAACAAUGAAGCUGCAGCUAUUCUCGUUGUUUUGAUCGCAAAAGCAAACGCUGCAAGAGACCUUUCCAAGAAAUACAACCUUUACAGACAAAAAAUGGACUUAGCUCCUGUAGAAUUCAAUGAUGUCAAUGAACUAUGCACUGAUGUAGCCAACAAGCAAUUGCUCUGGGAGACAAAAACCCUCUGGGAUUCGAGAAUCAACCAAUUAUUCGUUAUGAAUUUCGUAAAUAUCGAUCCAGAUGCACUCAAAGAUGAAAUCAAGCAAUUCAAAGAUAACGCUUAUAAGACUGCUAAAGCAUUGAUAGGCAACCAAGUCGCAGAUACCUUAGUUACUGCAAUUAUUGACGUAUCAAACUUGUUACCGGUCAUUGCAGACUUAAAGAACCCAAGUUUCACGAUCGAGCACAAGACUCUGAUAUCGAAUCUUCUUGGAACAGACAUUUUCUCCCACGAUGUUUUCACAUUACAUAAUUUGUUCGACAUCCAUGCUUUUAACUACGUUGAACAAAUCCAUGCCAUAUCAGUUCAAGCUACAAACGAGCGUAUUUUGUUGGAAAACAUCACAAAAGUCCAAAAAGACAUCGAUGCUUUGUAUUUCGGAUGUCAUGCGGCCAAAUGGCAAAAAUCAAGCUACGAAAUCUGCGAAUUCAAUGAAGUCACAGAACAGCUUGAAAAUGCCAAAGCUACGAUUGAUUCAGUCAGAGCUUCUCCAUAUGUUGCUCCUCUCAGACAAACAGCCGGGUCAUGGAACAAAACGAUCAAGAUGAUGCUACAUAUCACUCAUCUGUUAAGAUAUGUGCAAGAUAAUUGGAUUUUUAUCCAAUCAAUUUUCCCAUCAGGUCUAAGACCAACUCCAGCUGAUUCCAAAGAACUUUCAUCAGUUGAAAAAAUAUGGAGAACGUUAUCUACCAAGAUUAAUGAUGAUCCGGCCGUUGCAAAGAUAUCUGCAUUAAAUCAAACGGCUCCUGACCUUGAAUCUGCCAAAGAUUCAGUCCAAAAGCUUCUUAAGUCAAUUAAUGACAACUUAGAUUCGAAGAGAAUCAAUUUCAUGAGAUUCUAUUUCUUAUCUAAUAAUCAAUUGGCAUCAAUCAUCUCCAGAUCGAAGGAACCAACAUGUAUCGUCGAAAUAUUACCACAGAUCUUCGACGGAAUCCGAAAUGUUGAAAUUGUUCCAGAUAAUCACAUUCCUUGCGUCAAAUCGUUAAUAAACGCAAGCGGAGAAGUUUUCGAAGUCAGAUCCAUUAAAUUCAGAUCCAACAUUGAUUCAUGGCUCAAAAACAUUGAAGAAACAUCAAAAAGAAAUUUGAAAUCCGAAGUAAAAGUGUCAAUGCAACAAAGAAACGAAAUGACGCAUGAAGAUUGGAUCAAAUCUCAUUUGAGUCAGAUAGUAAGGAUCUUAAUCCGCAUUGACUGGACGAACAGAGUUUUAUUGUGCUUCCAAACAGGAAAUGCCGUUGAAUCCCUCAAAGUUUUCAAGAACGAAAUUGACAGAUAUAUUUUGACAUAUUGUCAAGAAUUGAAAACUUCAACGAACAACUUAGACAUUUUGAAGCUUUCCUCGUUAAUUACUUUGAGAAUGUAUCAUAGAGAUACAAUCGAAAGAUACAUAAAAGACGAAGUUUUCACACAGCAGCAUUACCAAUGGUUCAGACAAGUUAAAUUCACAUACGAAGAACAAACUAAAGAUGUGAAAAUAAAUGUCGGAUCAUGCAGUUAUGUUUACGAUAACGAAUUUGCAGAUUGUAAUGCAAGAACUGUGAUGACUGAAGACUCCGAGAAAGACUUCUUCUCGAUGACAAGCUCUUUGCAUCAUUCUUAUGGUGUUUCAACUGUUGGAGAACAUUGUUCUGGAAAGACAGAAACACUCAAAAUGAUUUCAAGAACGUUAGGAAGAUUCAUGUAUAUUUUGAAUUGUUCGAAUUUCUCUUCAAUCAAAGAAAUUUCAAUGGUUUUCAAAGGUUCAUUAUUGGCAAAUGUCUGGUUAUGCUACAAACACGCAGAUAACUUGCCAAUGGACUCUAUUGCCAUAUUAACUGAUUACUUUAGAUCAUUGUUCAACGCGAGCCAAGCUCAACAAAAGAAAGUUGAUUUGUUGGGAUUCGAAAUUACGAUGCCUCAAAAUUAUGGAAUUUUCUUGACAUUUACAAAAACAAAUGACGCGUUACCUGAUUCAUUACAUUCCUUCUUCAGACCAACAUACAUUAGGAAGCCUCCUUUAAGAUUAUACUGUGAGAGCUGCUUGUGGUCUCUUGGUUUCCAAAAUGCAAAAGAAUUGUCAGAAAAAGUGAUAAAUAUUUUGAGAGAUUUAUCAGUUUUAUUUGAAGAAAAGAAGAUUGUUGUAUUAGGAUAUGAGUUGAUAAAGCGUGUAAUGAAGUUUGUCAAUGAAUUCAAGAACAGGGACUUGAAAGAUGAACAAAUCAUUGCAAAUUCUAUCCAAUGCGCAAUAAAUUCCGGAAUAAAAGACGAAAAAGAGAAAGAACAAAUAGAUAAAACAUUGUUGAUGUACUUCAAUGAACCACAUUCUCCUAAUUUCGAUGAAAUCCACAGAAGAGAAAUUGCUACAGAACUGAGAGCAACAUUAAAGGAUCUCAAAUUCAAUUGCACACAUUUGUUCAUUGAUAAAAUCAUCAAUGUUAGAAGUCAGUAUUUUAAUAACAGAGGAGUUAUACUUUACGGACCAUCUUGUACCGGAAAAUCAACUGCUCUCAAAAUUUUGAGGUCUCAUUUCAACAUGAACGCCAAAGUUGUUAAUGACGACAACAAGAUACAGCAAGUAUAUAUCAUAAGCAUCUACAAUGAUAUAUAUACACUCCAGGAAAUGCUUGGUUACCAAAGUAAAAGUCAAGGACAGUUUUACGAUGGAUUUUUGACGAAAUCAAUCAAAAGCGCGAAUGAUCACAGGAAACACAAAGUCAGAUGGUUCGUUUUUGAUGGAACGAUGGCAGAUAAAUGGUGUGAAAGCAUCGAAUCAUUGAUCUAUGACAAGCCAAUAUUAAAUGUUGAUGAUGGAGAUCAAGUUUUCUUGAAUGACAAUUUCCACUUUUUCUUUGAGACAACUGAUAUCUCUAGAAUAUCACCAGCAUUUGUUUCUAGAUGCGGAUUGGUCUAUUUCGAUAAUAACCAGUUCAUUUGGGAUUCAUUUGUUGAUGGCCAGAAAUACAACAAUAUUUUGCCACUUUUCAAAAACCAGAAUUUGUAUAUCAAUGUUUUCUCUGAUUUAUGCGAUAGGUCUCUCGAAAAUGCUGUUCAUUUCUCAGAUGAAAAUGGAUCUCCAACUAAAGAUGUUCCAUCGCUUUCUCAUGUCUCCAAUUUCUUCAAGAUUUUCAUCCAUUUGAUCGAAAAAUUGAACUUUACAACUUCAGAAAAAGUUGUUGCUGACAAAAUGACAGCUUUUUACAUCUUUGCCUUUUAUUGGGCAUUUGGUGGACAUUUGGACAAUUCCCGCAGACAGUUGUUUGACAAAAUGGCCAGAGAUUGUUUCACGAACACAAUUGAUCUUCCAAUGAGAGGAACUUUGUUUGAAUGGUGGUAUGAUUCAGAACAGAAUUCAUGGACGAAUUGGCAAGAUUUAGUUCCGAAAUACGUUGAUACAAAUGAUUCAUUUACUAUUCAUCCACAAUCCAUUAUGGCAAACUCUAUAAUGAUUCCAACAGUAGAAACAGAGCGUGUCAACAGAUUGUUCAAAUUGUAUUUGGAAUCAGGAUUAAACAUCUUGUUAAGAGGUCCUCCAGGAUCAGGAAAAACAACAAUCAAAAGAAAUUUCACAAGAAAUCUCGAAGAUGAAAGAAAAUUGCAAAUUAUGGAUGUAGAAUGCACAAAAUCAUUCCCGCCUAGUGAAUUAAUGAAGUUCAUGCAUCGAUGCAUGGGAUUAAAGAAGAAAUCAAUCCUUUACGGAAGCGGCGCAGUCAAGAGAUGUCUUGUUUUGGAUGAUAUCCAUAAUUUGGAAGAAAAUGAUUUCGGAGAAAAACCAAUUAUCGAAUUUUUGAGACAGAUUUCCGAACAAAACGGUUCAUUCUUCACUCCAAAGAACAUGUGGACAACAAUAGAAGACUUAGUACUACUCGGCGUUGGUAAUGAUGAUUCUUCAACUCAUAAAAAUUUGAAUGCAAGAUUUACAAAAACCGCUAUUACUUAUCAAUUGUCGAUUAACUCCACAGCGAUAUUUAAUAUCUUGCAUAGCCUCAUGAAGACAUUUUUCUUGAGGUACGAGGAGCCAGUUAUUGUUUGCGUCCCUAAGAUUAUCAAUGGAACAUUAUAUGUUUACGAACAAAUUUCUUUGAAUAUCUUCCCAACACAAAAGAGGCCUCAUUAUACAUUCAACAUGCAUGAUAUCAAUAAUCUUUUGUUCGGUAUAUUGAGAUGUUCUUCCAAUGUCAUUAAAACAAGCAAUGACUUAGAGUUGUUGUGGGUACACGAGAUGGACAGAUCAUUUGGAGAUAAGUUUUUACCAGAAGACAAACCAAAAUAUGAAGAAUAUCUUUCAAACGCUUUAAAGAACAAACUCAAUAGUACACAGUCCCUGAGAUCAUUCCAAGUCCCAAUGUUCUGUUACAGUGAAUAUAAAGUAGAAGACUACAACCCUGAAUACGGAACUCUCCCCGAUUACAAUUUGUUCAACAACAUAAAUGAUUUGACACAACUUUUCAUAUCACAUGUCGAAAAGUAUCAAAUUCCAAGACGAAUUGCAGACGAAAAACUUGUUAUCUUCAAUGAUAUUUCUGUCCACAUAAUAAGAGCAAACAGAGUAUUGAACAAACCAUUAGGAAAUUUGCUUCUUUUAGGUCAGGAUGGAAGUGGAAGACAUACAUGUGCCAAAAUUGCUGCUUCUAUUGCAAACAUGGAAUAUCUUGAGUUAACAAGUGGUCUGUCAUUCAGAGAUGAAAUGAAACAAGCGUUACCUAAAGCUAUAAGUGGUGGAAAAGGUUACUGUAUCUCUAUAACAGAAGAAAUGCUUCUGAAACCUGAAAUUUCAAGAGAUGUCACUUAUUUGUUGACGAAUAAUGGAUUGAUGAUGAUGUUUUCUCCUGUUGAAUUCGAUGCUUUGUGUGUAGAUGCAGUGAGAUUCGCAAGACUUAGAGGUGAAAAUGAAUCUUAUUUCAAUUUAAGUCGAAUUUUGUAUGAUAGAUUUGCAGAAAACUUCCAUUUAAUCAUUUAUUUGGAUCCGAAAUCUCCAAACUUCCUGCAAAUCAUACAAAACAAUCCAGCAAUCAUCAGACAUUGCACUGUAGAUAAUUACGAACAGUUCAAUAUCGAAGGAAUGAUGACUUACGCGAACAAAACUGUUUUGGAAAGAACUCAAAAUCAACAACUAUCCAACCAAAUUUCGAAAUUAUGUAUUGACACAUUUAACUUCGCAAGACAAUAUAUUUCCGACAAACCAAAGAUUCUCAAGAACUUUGCCAUUUAUCCAUCAAUCUUCAUGAAAUUAGUUGAUGAGUUCUUGAACAGAUAUGAGAAAUUAUAUGUUUCUGAAAGCGAAGAAAUUUCGAAACUUAAAACAAUUGUUGAGUUAUUCAAUGAAUUACAAGAAACAGUUCAAGGAAUCUCCCAAAAGGUGCAAACCUUGAAUCCAGAGAUAGAAAACAGGAAGUCCAAACUGCAGAGAAUUAAUACAGAACUUGUUUCGAAACAAAAAGAAGUUUCAAACAUUGCAAAUGACAUAAAAAUGACAGAAGAAGAAAUGAAAAAGAACUUGGAAGAAGCAGAAAAAAUAAGGAGACAACAUGAUGCAGAACUCAAUGAUUACAUCACAGAACUGUAUAAAUCAGUCGCAAGAUUGAAAUCAUUGACAAAAACUGAAAUAAAUGACAUGAGAAGUGCAAAUCCUCCUUUGCCAAUUACAAAAAGUGUCAUGGAAAUUGUUUGUGUUUUAAUGGAAGUAGAACCAACAUGGCCCAAUUCCGUGAGCUUAUUAAACGAUCCAUUAAUUGUUCCUAAGCUGACAACAAUGUAUUCCGACAAGAAUCCUGUUACAGAAAUACAAUUAAGUGAAAUUGUCGGAAUUAUCGAGAAAAACAAAUUGUUCAAGAAAGAUAUUGCAUUGCGAGAAACAGUUGGAUGUCAGUAUUUCUUGUCAUACAUUAAAUCAUUGAUCGAAUACCAGAAUGCAGUGAUUAGAUUGACUCCAACACAACAUAAUCUCCAUAAAUUGCAAUCAAACAUUGAACAAACUCGUUCUAAACUAUCAAAAGUUCAUUCGAGCAGAACAAUGUCUGAUAAAAACAUUGAACUUCUGAAAGAACAAAUGUCGAAAGAAGACCAAGAGAUCUCAAUUUUGGCACAACAAGUACAAGAAAACAUACAAAAGGAAGAGUCAGGAAAAGAAAUUAUCAACAUGUUGAUAAAAGAACAUGAUAAUUGGAAAGGAAAAUUAAACAGACACAUGAAUUACCAAUCAGACAUUGUUGGUGAUUCAUUUAUUAUCACGGUUGCUUUGUUGUUUGCUUCUUCUUUCACUCAAGAACAAAGAGAAGAAUUCCUUUCACAAGUCAGAAGAAUUGUUCGUGAUGCAAGAUUGGGUUAUUCUCUCAUAAAUUCUUCAAUUUCUAUGAUAACUCCUUUGUCAGAAGCAGCACAGUGGAGAAAGGCAGGUUUAAUUGAUGACGACGAAGUUCUCGAGAACUUCAUUUAUCUCAUGAAUGCUCCUUAUUCUCCUUACGUCAUUGAUCCAUCAGGAAUGGUUUUCAAUGUCGUAAAAAUGAUGGAAGAAAAGAAACAAGCGCCUAUUGUUACUAAGCUAGAAUUAACAAAUUACUUGAGAAUUCUUGAAAGCGCAAUGAGAGCAGGAAGUGCCUUGUUCGUUACAGACGUAAGACGUUCGGUUCCUUAUUGCUAUGAAGCAGUAAUGGCGAGAAAACUCAGUUUGGUACAGGACAAAUCUGUUGUCAGGUUGGCCGAUCGAACAAUUGAAAUUGAUAUCGGAUUCCAUUUGUAUUUGUUCACUAAAUUCAUUGACCAGAAGCUCUCCCAGACACUUUGCACAAGAGCUACUGUUGUUAACUUCGCUCCAAAUGUUCAUGACUACCACAUCUCGAUGAAACAUUCACUCAUGAAAGUUUUGAAGCCAGAAUUGAUCUCGAAAAUUUCGGAUUUGUCUAAAAGUAUUGACACAGAACAGACGAAUCUCGCUUUCUGCCAACAGAGAAUACAAGACUUGCUCUCUAAUACUGAUGCAUCAACAAUCAUCGAAGACAACAUUUUAUUCUUAGAAUUGGCGAAACAACAAGAUUCAAUUCAAACAUUGACGAAAUUGGUUGAAAACUACAAAUCUGAACUGAAAACUAUUAAGGAAUCGACUGAUUUCAUGGAUGCUCCUUCAAAGCGCUUGGCCAUAUUAACAGAAUUGACAAAGAACUUGAAAUAUCUCAAUCCUUUGUAUGUUUUCGGAAAAGUUAAUUUCCAUUAUGACAUCAAAAUUGCCAUGAAAAACAUGAAGGAAGGAGAUGAUUUAAUGGAAGUAUUGACAUAUGCAUUCUACAAAGCAACACUUAGAAGUGUCUUCAGCGAGUACAGGUUCAUUGUUUCUUUCCUGUUUUCUUCAGCAAUUAUGAUGGGAAGUGGACUUUUGGAUCAAAGCGAAUUCGACAUUUUUGUCUCCGGAUUUAGAAGGGAACAAAGUGUCUUUGAAAAUCCAAUUCCUCAGACAAUGACUAAUGAAAUGUGGUGUGAUAUUCAAACACUUGCAUCUCACGUCAAACCAAUGAAGAACCUCCCAAGGAAAAUCAUGUCUGAAUAUGAAGAUUUUCAGACAUUUUUAGAAACAAAAAGUGACACUUUACCAGAAAAAUUACAGCAAGGAUUGACUGAAUUCCAGACAAUCAUUUUGUUCAAAGUCAUUGCUCCACAACAUGUUGCGAAGAUGAUGCACAAAUUCGUGUCACAAAACUUAAACGAAAGAUACGUAAAAGUCGAAAGUACUGGUUUGGAAGAUAUCAUUGAAUUACCAGAAAAAGUUCCUAUUUUAAUUAUGACGAAAGCUUUCGCAACAUCUUUCUUCCAAUUGCAAACUCUUGCACGCCAAAAGAGGACUAAUUUGAGAUGUUUGUCAUUACCACACACAAAAGCAUCAUUUGUCGAAACAACAUUGAAUUUCGCAAUGCAAGGCGGAGAUUGGCUUCUUCUUGAAGCAAUAGACGAAGCUGACAUGGAUGUACAAUUGACUGUUUCCGCUUUAGUCACGAAACUCAAGACUGUUUCUUCAAGACAUCCAACAUUUAGACUGUUUAUUACUGUUGCAAGAGAAGUCUCAAUUCCUCUGAACAUUUUAACAGAUUCAGUUCGAUUGGCUGUUACAGGAAUAAGCAUGCCAGACAAGAUGCUUUUAGAACUGAUUAAUUGGAUGCCAGAAGACAUAUUUGGCAAGAAGAAAUCCACAAGAAUUGCAUUUUUGAUUGCUGUUUUCCAUACAGCUUUCACAAGUUACAUGAUGAAAUACUCGAAGAGUUCUAUUCAUCUUUCGAAUGUUCCUUUCUUCGAUUCGAUGCAGACACUCCUCAAUUUGCAUUACGCACUUGGAACAAUACCACUCAGUGUCCUCAAAGAAGGAAUCAUCGAACUGAACUACUCUGGACAUUUGGUCGAAGAAGAUGAUCUCAAAAUGUUCAAAUUAAUUGUCGACCAAAUGUUUACAGAAGAAAUCGCAGAUGGAAAGAAUCCUAUAACUAUCGAUGGCAAAGUAACAGUUCCUAAUGGAGACACAAGAGAAUUCUGUGUCAAUCAUGCAGGAAAAUUCGCUUCCAUUGUUUACAACAUGUUCACAAGAGAUUUAUCAAAUGGAGAUGAAUCUGAAGAAGGAGAAAUCACGACAUCUCUCAAGAAGAUUGUUGAAAACAACACUCCGCCACCAGAUAUUUCUUUGGCAAUUGAAUGUUCGAAGUCCAUAAUGCAGAGUUUGUCGAAUAUCGAUAUCCAAAAUGAAAAGAAACAAGAUGAAUUCUCGAUUUCCAUCCAAAAUGAAGCAGAAUUUUACUCGAAUGUUGUUAAAAACAUCAGACAAUCAUGUGAAGAAAUCAUUGGUGUUGAUAAAGGAUCGUUCACUGAUUUACUUGUUAACUACGAUGACAUGUUACAAGUUGCAAUCGAAAAAGUUCCAAAAUCAUGGCAAUUUUCUGGCCAAAUUGCAACAAACUACAUAAAUCAUUGGAUUAACAAUUUGAACGAAAGAAUCGAUUUCAUCAACACAUGGAUGAGAAAAGGAAGGCCACAGAUUCUGGAUCUUUCCGCCUUUCAUGAUGCGAAACCAAUUUUCCUUUGCAUUAAUAAUUAUCUUGCAAAUAUAAGGAAAAUUAAGUUGCCACAAUUGGUUGUUUUAGCAACUUUAGUUCCUGAAAACGCUGCUGAUUUCUCUGCCUCAAGUAUUUAUAUGCAAGGUGCAGAGUUACAGAAUGUUUUCUGGGAUAUGGAAAACAAAUGUCUUGAAAAUGAAGGUGUCAAGAAGAAUUUCUUGAUCAAAUUGUAUUCAACUGACCAAUCUGUUGACUACGACAGCUACGUUUCAAUACCUGUUAUUGUUCAUGGUAUUUAUGCAUCAAGUGUUUUGCUGAGAGGUCAAAAGAUUUGGUUUAAUAGAAGAGCAAGUAUUAUUAUUAAUUAA